GUUUUAUUAUUAGUCUCAUAUUUAAAAUUUUAUUUCACAGAUGACUUAGUUCCCAGAUUGAAAUAUCUGUUCACAUUGCGAACUAAACCAAAUUGUUUAGCCCCAGGUUAGAAUUGAGCAGAAUGAGCAGACUUAUGGCUAAAGGCGUUCCAGCUUUGACCACUCUGUUUUUGUUCGUUUGAUACAAAACCAUAUUAUCUACACUUUUAAAGACAGUAGAGUGUGAUAUGAGGAUAUGAUUUUAUUGCUAUUUCUAGCAGGACUAGCGACUAUGUUGAAGCUCCCUGGUUACCAGAGCCAAGUAUGUAAAUGAAAUAGUAUACGAACAGUGUUGAAAGUUGGCCGAGCAUGCCCAUUGGUAGAUGUUACACUUAAAACUAUUUAUUGACUUACUUGACUUCAACCAACAAUACUGCCUCAAGCAGGUUUUUUUUAAAAAUUCGUGUAGUUUUAAGCCCCCAUUUUGCUCUUUGUUCCUAUUCGCUUUCAGUUAACGUUAUUAUUUCGUCAUUCAGACGUGUGUACUUAUUAGUAGUACCAUUUCCGCUUUCUUUCUCGUGUCAUAAUCUCUCGCACUCACACAGGUACACGCCAUAUGGAGAUAUUAAAUAAAAAAUCUUACUUAGCAAGGCUGGUAACAACGUUACAUCUACUACUUGCUGAAAAUGCGUUAAGACACGCUCCUCGUCUGUAAUGAGAGAUCUCUCGACAUUUGAUUAUCUAAUACAUAGAAUCACCAACAUCUUUUGUUUGAACAUAGCCACCGCUUAUUUGUCAGUAUGAAGAACUUUAAUGGGUAACACGUUUUACCUAUAUGGGUGACCUCAUCAGGAGCUGCUGCUUACUAUCAACUGAGAUAAAAGCGAAGGAGUGUAACAAGAAGACGAAAGCCUGUCACCGACCAACUCCUACCCCAAGCUCCUCAUCCAAUUAUCAGCAGCUCUAACGAAAAGCAGCAGCAUGCCAAGCUAUCGUUUUUCUCAUCCUUAUCACACUUACUGCUGUUAUUUACCAACUUCUCUAGUUUAUGGCUGUCUACAUGGUCGGUAUUUGGUACCGCUGCCAACAUCAUAUUACGAUUGCUUCUUUCUUUUACACCGGGACAACAUACCAGCAGCAACAUAAUCUUCAUCUAACUGCUACAUAAAGCUAAGUUAGAGGUUGAGCGGUGCUUCCCCACCACCCUCAAAAACCCGAUCGGUAUGGGUGAAGAUAGUGGAUACUUUAGCCGCCGCUCCUGCCAGUUUCGACUUCCUACACGAAAGCAACAUCAACAACAAACAGAUACGGGUAACUGCAAGAAAAAAAGCUCUAAUGGAUACGACUGUAAUGCUGCUACUAGUUCGGUUGCAAACUGCAUAAAUAAAAGUGAAGCUAUAACAACCAGUGGCUGUUGUGAUGCUGUUACUGAUGCUAACAAUUAUAACAAUACCUCUAUUACUGUUGCUAAUUGCACCAAUAACAACUGUCGCGCCGAUCUAAAUAGCAAAAAUUCUGGAGAUCACCGCUACUCUUGUGAUCAUCUACAAUUUGAUCUGCGAUGCAGACCAGUGGAACAAAAUGUAGUUUCCUCUCUCUCUCCAAGACAGGUGUUUGAUGUAGUAACUGAAAACACGACAAAUCGUAACCCCUCAAAUAGUUUAAACAGUUCUAUUAAUAGCUGUUCACUAUUAGUUGAUGACGUGAGAGAUGCUAAUAACGACAGUACAUGUACAUCCAAUUUGCCGUGUAGCUUAUACAGUCGACCGGUACAUCAAGUCGGUAGUUCUGCUAUCGACACAGAUACUACUUAUAAUACUGGAAGUAGUAGUUCUAGUGGUGGUUAUUACACUCAGACGAACAACAGUUGUGGUCGAACGACAUUUUCUCCAAACAGUAUACUCCAUUUGAAAUACACAGAUCUCAACGAUUUGAACUCUUACAGAAAUUUAUGUUACGUGUUUAAGGACGAACAGGAUUUUGAAGAAUUUAAACAAGAAUUACAAGACUUCCAGUUUCUGAAAGAAAGUCUUCAGAAAAGUGGAUGUAAUCACGACUACCAAGUAUCUCCACUGCGCGAAAUACCAGUAAAUAUUGAAGAACAAUUGGCCCAAAAUAACAGAUUCGGAAACAGCCCGAGUAAUAGUCCAAUUUUUACCAGUAUUAACCAGCAGGAUCAACAAAACAAAGUUAACAAUAAUAUCUGUGAUGAUCAAAGUGCGAAUUGUUUAACAUUGCAGGAGGAAACUUUCUCUACACGUAACUCUGGAAGAAUUCUUGGUUGUGAUAUUGUACCUGUUCCUAUUGCUACUACACCAGCAGCUUCUUCAGAAACUUCGUCAUCAUGCCAACCUCGUUUUGUUAACACCUGUAUUUCUUCCUCACCAACGCCAAGCAGUUGUAAUAAAGCCAGAAUCACAAAUUCUAUAAGCAGACGAAGUUCUUCAAACUCCUCGUCCCCUCUGAAAUAUUUAUCGUCGUCUUUCAGAAACGCAUUAGCCCCACAUGACAUGUUAAUGGACUUUUUCAAAAGUGAUGAAAAUUUCCAGGAGUUCGAACGGGAGUUUGCUAACUUGGAUAAUGACUUCAAUGUGUUCGGUCGACUUGGUCGAAUAGAGGACAGUGAAGAUAGAGACCAAGUAUUUGCAACUAGAGAUAGAAAACGUAAUGUUGAGAGUGAAGGGCGAAGUUCGAUUCCUUUGAAAAUUAAUUUUCAACAGGAUACGAAUGUUUGUUGUUCGAAUGAACACAUGCCACUGACUGAACUAAAAGUUAAACACAGUUCAGCUGGGGCUAAACAAGAUGUUGCAGUAACGAAAAGUACUGGGAAAAGUGAUUCCUUUUCAGAUUUCUUUGACAAUGACGAAGAUUUUAAGGAAUUUGAGAAAGAAUUUGCUAACUUCAAAUUGCGGAGAAGAUCACGAGCUUUUGCUGAUGAUUUUAACAGACGUUCAAAUUGCGAUCUGUUUGCUGAUUUUUUCCCCAAGUUUGAAAAUCAGGAAAAAAUCGAACGGCGAAGUCGUGGACCUGCCAAUGAUUGGGAUUAUUUAUUUAACAAAAUCAAAAGAAACAGUGGAUUUUUGGCGGAUGUUAAUGAACUGCAAAGUACACCUUGUGAAAGAUCUCAGAGCCCUACGUUUUUGGCCACACAAUCUCCUAAAAGAACUACUGAAGAUAUUUCAACAUCACUUUGCAAAGCAAACGAAAGUCCAGUAAGAAAACCUAUCGAAAUAGCCGUUCAACGACGACCUCCUCUCCCGCCUCUAGUAACAAAACAUCCACACUUUUCAUGUGAGCGACACAACAGCUCAAGUUUGCAGAAAAAGCCUUUGGAAUUAAAGAUUGAACAUGUAUCCUCUCCAGUAUCGCUUAAUUUCCGAAAUGACAGCCCCAAUCCGUUGUCAGACAGUGUUGGCAGCACUUACAUGCGAAUACCCAAAUUAAUAGAUGAGGAAGAUAGAGAAGAGUCUGUAUCACCGACAGUAUUACAUAUCGAUGAAACUCCCGUGUAUAAUCCAGAUACUACUGGUACUACUGAUGCUUCUAAUAGUGCAGAAGAACUUUCUCACAUUAUUAUUGAACAUCAUUUCACCGGUGGUGUUUCUAAACCAACUCUUACCAUUACUAGGAGAACGAAUAAGUCGCUGGAUGAGGCCAGUGAAAGCGAAUCUCCCGUUUCUGUACACGCACAACAAUUGUCUGAGCUGAGGGAUAAACGUUGCCACACGGACCCACCUAGAAUUGUUAUAGAGCAUAGGUUUUCUCCCCGUGAGUUUGAACCCGGUUCUAGUAAACAGAAUAGGUUUUCUACUGCGUUGGAAUUUUUACAGGAUGUGGAUUCAGGCAAAGUUGAGGAUAAGAAAAAACCACACAAAGAUUGUCAAUACACAUGUCAUAAAACUUGUCGACAGCUAGUGACAUUAGAUUGUGCUAAUAACUUACCUAAUUCCAUGUCAGAUGGUUCCAUAGAAACCUCUUUAUCAGAACCAGCUUCUACACCUGGUAGCAACAGUACAGUUUCUGAUACAUUAUCCAAUAGUUGUUCCAGGGAGCUCUCUCAAGUUUACAGAGAAGAUAUUCCUCUGAGAAUUGAUAUUCAUGAACCUGUUUUAUCACCAUUCCUGUGGGUCACCAAAUCUUUGAGGGAUCAAGAACAACUGCCUCACAAAGUAAAAGACAUGGUGGCCUGUUGGGAUUGGGAAAAGUUACAGUUGUUGUUUAGAGAUAUACAUUCCAAAAUUCCUCCAAUAAGAUUUCAGGAUGAAACCGAUUCUGGUUACAGAUCAGGUCCAAUUCCGGAUGAGAUUUUACCAAAGAAAGAACCAAGUGAAGCAACACUUAAUCGGGAGGAGCUUAAAAGUAAAUUACAAGAAUACAAUAACAAUGUUCCAAAUGCCAAUCUCGCUCUAGAGUCAGAUGGAGAAACAUUCCAGGGUUUCAUCAAAGUAACUUUGAAUUUGAUUCGACCAAUCACAAUGUCUCUUGGUGCACGACCACCUUCCAUUUAUGAAGUACUCACUCGAGAGCACAUUGUGGAGCAAAAUACCCAAUCUAUUUCAUUCUACAUGCCUCGAGAUACUGUUAAAUCUAUCCAUGUAGAUAGUGAGACUACAACCAAAGAAGUGAUUGCAGCUUUGUUGAAGAAAUUCAAGAUUCUUGAUAAUCCUCGGAAGUUUGCUAUGUAUGAACAGGAAUUCAAAAACAAAAAACUUGUAAAACUGCGGCGAGUUAUGCCAGAAGAAUUUCCUCUUCAGGUUUGUCUAGGCUGGGAAACAAAUAAACUGGAUUGUUAUCGCUUAGUUCUUCAAGAGAAUGAAGCUUCAGGGGAUAUUGAAUGGUCAAACUUCAGUAAUCCAGAACUAAAUAAUUUUGUGAAAGUAUUGGACCGGGAAGAAUCUGAACAUAUUCAUCAACUCCAAUAUAAAUAUCAUAUGAUGAAGAAAGCAGUUGAGCGACGAAUGAAAGAGCUUCGUGCUGCUGAACAAGAAGCCAAACACAGUAAAUAGGUCCACACCUGUGUAUAAGACUUAAAAGUAGUUAAUAAGUUUCACUAUUAUCCAUAAAAUGGUUUGUACAGCAUCCUAGUGUUGCUGUUUUCUCAUUGGUUGUGUGUGCUUUGGGCCUAACUACAGGCCAUACAGACAUUUUAGUCAUGGUGUCUUAUCUCAAUCAGUGAGAGAUUCUGCAGCUGUGGAAAAAAAUUGUGGCAUGAUGAUGACGAAAUUGAUUAAAAAAUUUUUUUUUAUCAACUUAUACAUUUACAAAUGAUAAUUUUGAUUUAUUUUUAAUAUACCUAACUUAAAGAUAACAUUUGAGCCUCUGUAAUGUAUAAGUGGUGCUUCACUUUAUUAUUUAACUGAAAUAUAAAUUUUGUUCUAUUUAUUAAUUUAUUUUUGUUUAGUGUUAAGAAAUAGCUGAAAAAUACAUUUUUCUUUAAUUCUUUAAUGGGAAGAAAAGUUACAUAGCAUCUAAAAGAAUAUUAUCAUGUUGUCAUGUAAGUGGGGAAAAUAUUUGUGCUACAUGAAAUAUGCUGCUCUGAAAAUUACGAAUUUAAAAAAAUCUCUUUAAAAUAGAAAGGAUAAUAGAAGUUAGUUUAAUUUUCAGAAACUAGAGGCCUCAAUUUCUAUUCCGUCUAUAGAAUAAUUUUUUUGUUAAAUAUUUGUUCUUAUUUCUUUCUAUUUAUUGAUCUACCUGAACUAUUUAAGUAUCUAUGUCCCAUAUGUUUUACUAGCAUGAAAAAGUGAGUAUUAAAUAAUUAUGAUGAUGAAUAAGGUCCAUUUUUUUGCUUUUUAUAUUGGGUUAUGUUUCAUGCUUCAAAAGUUUGAAAAUAUGGGUCAACAAAACAAAAUAUUUUUAAAAAACAAGUACACAUUGUUUGAUAGAAUUGAAUCUCCUUUUUUUAAAAACAAAAGUUUUUUUUUGUUAGGAUUGUAAGGUAAAAUACUAUUUACAAAUAUUAUUUCCUUAAUUCCAUAUUUAAAGCAAGCAUUUCUUUUAACAUAUUGAAGUAAUGUUCAAAUUUUACAUGGGUUUUUACCAUUUUAUGACCAAAUUACACACACACAUUUAUAUCUCAAAUCUCUCUCUCUCUCUCUCUCUCUCUGUACACACAUACAGUUAUCUUUAACACACAUCCAAACAUAUGCAAUUAUAUUCAAGUAUAUAUUAUACCCCACUCCUCCCCAGUAUAUCCUUUCAGUAGGUUUUGUGUGGCAAAAUUUUUAUUAGCAGGUUACUGGUGUAUGUAUUUUGGUUGUAAAUUUUUAUUCAAGUGUUUCAGUAAUAAGUCAUUCAUGAAACUCAAUCUCUUGAAUGUGUAAAUAUUUCAGGAAUCACUAGGCAAAUCUUCAAAUUUCUCACAAAUUAAACACAUUUAAUAUUUUUAGAAUUGAUGAAAUUUCCAAAAUUAAAGCCCAUGAAAUUUAAAUUUAUCAGGAAAAAAUUUCUUUUUCAAGA